UUAAUAUAUAGUAGUAAUAGUAGCAGCAUAGAAAAAUUGACAGAAAAUGUCUGAGGGAGGAAACAAAGUGGCGAAGGAGAGUAACAGUAACAGGUCAAAAAAUGUGUUGCCGCAAGCGACCCCUCCAUUGAAGGAGCACUACGUGGUGGGCAAGGUGGUGGGGAGAGGGCACCUGGCGACGACGUUCGCGUGCACGCACAAGGAAACGCGCAAGGUCUUCGCCUGCAAAACCAUCCCAAAGGCGAAGCUGUUGAGCCAAGAGGAUUGCAACGACGUGUGGAGGGAGAUUCAGAUAAUGCACCAUUUGUCGGAGCACCCCAAUGUGGCAAGAAUAGAGGGAACCUAUGAGGACAAAUUCACCAUCAAUUUGGUCAUGGAGCUCUGUGCCGGGGGUGAGCUUUUCUAUAGGAUCAGUGAGAAGGGCCAUUAUAGUGAGAGAGAGGCUGCAAAGUUGAUGAAGAACAUUGUUGGAGUGGUCCAGGCCUGUCACUCUCUUGGUGUUAUUCAUCGAGAUCUCAAGCCUGAGAAUUUCUUGUUUGAUACCACUGCCAAGAAUGCUCAGAUGAAGGCUAUUGACUUUGGCUUCUCUGUCUUCUACAAGCCAGGACAAACAUUUGAUGAUAUAGUCGGAACCCCCUUUUAUAUGGCCCCUGAGGUGUUUCACAGACAAUCUGGACCAGAAGUAGACGUAUGGAGUGCUGGUGUUAUCCUAUACAUCUUAUUGAGAGGGAUCCCACCUUUCUGGGCUGCAACCGAAUCAGGAAUUUUUCAACAGAUUUUACAUGGAGAGAUUGAUUUGGUUUCUGAUCCAUGGCCAAGUAUCUCAGAAAGUGCUAAGGAUUUGAUAAAACGGAUGUUGGAUAGGGACCCCAAGAAAAGAAUUUCUGCUCAUGAAGUCUUGUGUCACCCUUGGAUUGUUGAUGAUAAUGUGGCCCCGGACAAACCUCUGGAUCCCGCUGUUUUGACACGCCUAAAGCAUUUCUCAACAAUGAAUAAACUUAAGAAGAUGGCAUUACAUGUCAUAGCAGAGAGACUUUCGGAGGAAGAGAUAGGUGGAUUAAAAGAGUUAUUCAAAAUGAUUGACAAAGAUAAUAGUGGGACAAUAACUUUUGAGGAACUCCAGGAAGGUUUGAAAAGUGUGGGCUGUGAUCUCAUGGAAUCUGAAAUUAAAUCACUUAUGGAUGCGGCUGAUAUAGACAACAAUGGAACAAUAGACUAUGGUGAAUUUCUUGCUGCUACGCUGCAUUUGAAUAAGAUGGAAAGAGAAAAUAAUUUGGUUGCUGCUUUUGCCUAUUUUGAUAAAGAUGGUAGUGGUUCCAUCACCAUUGAUGAGAUUCAACAGGCUUGUAAAGACUUUGGCCUAGGUGAUGUGCAGUUGGAUGAUAUGAUCAAAGAGAUUGAUCAAGACGAUGAUGGGAAAAUUGAUUAUGCGGAGUUUGCAGCAAUGAUGAGAAAGGGUAAUCCAGAUGUUGGUAGGAGCAGGAGUAAGAAAGAGAAUUUGAAUUUCAAUAUUUCAGAUGCAUUUGGCGUGAAGAAGUCUUGACAUACUACAUACAUAAAUUCUUUUGUACAGAGAGGAAGCACGAUGAUAGAAAAAAAAUCAUAGUCAAUUUUGCAUAGCUGCAUGGUUACAAUCAUAGUCAAAUUCUUUAGAAACAUUCAGUGAAGUUGACUAUAUUCAACAUGUAUAAAAUGUAAAUUGGCUUGAAUGGGUUGCGUUCACCAAAUAGAAAGGAAAUGUGAUGCUAUUAUUUUUCGAGCAAAUAGAGGGAGAAAAGGAUAGAGAAUAAAAGACAUUCUUUACCUUGUGGCCACUACUAGUGAUACUACGUUGGCUCGAUCAUCGAUUUUAAUUUUAUAAAAUUUGAACAUAUUUAGGGAUUAAUCUACUAUUUAGGGAAUAAAAGAUCUAUAAAAUGAAUUAAAAACUCGUUAUAGAAUUGAAAAUAAAAAAAAAAAAAAAAUUAACUGAGAUUAAAAGAUUUUAAAAAAAUUAAGAAUCUAAAAGUAGAGAAUCUCAAUUCCUGAUGAUGGUGG